AUGUCUCGUGACGUGAUCGGACAUGGAGGCUUUGGAACAGUUGUUAAGCAGCAAAUUAAUGGAAGAACCGUAGCUGUGAAAUGUCUCCAAGCAGCGGAUCAUCCAAGAAAAAAGCGUGUUUUCCAUCGUGAUAUCAAGCCGUCAAAUAUCUUAUUGGGACAUUUGUAUCAAAUGAAACUUUGUGAUUUCGGUUUAUCAAAAGUUGAAGCUUCUGAAUAUUCAGGCUAUGGUGUAGUGGGGACAUUGAGAUAUACCCCACCAGAAGCACUUGGCUAUAUCGAGGGACAACAUUUGUUCACUCACGCGAGUGAUCUGUAUGCAGCUGGUCUUGUUUUGUGGGAAACGAUUGAGAGAAGAAUCGUCUACUCAGGUCCAAAAGCUAUUCAUGCAACCCUUGUCUUUCGAAUUUGUUAUGGUGAUCCGUUGGAAAAGCCGAAAUGCAGAGAUCGGCUCGCUGAUCUCAUAACUCGUUGCUGCUCUCGAGAACUUGAGAAACGACCGACAGCAACAGAUGCGUUAAAGGAAAUCUUGGAAAUAAAAGAAUCACAAUUCUAUGAUCUUUUCCUAAUGGACCCAAUCGAUGACCCGAAUUCACCCGAACCAAAACUUCCCUUUGGAUCAAUGGAUGACUCGGAUCUCAAUCUAAUAGCAACAAUGAAACCAAAGCAGAAAGAAAAGCCACCAGUGACAAGUGUAGCUUCUGUUGUAUUGGGAAAAACGAAAUUCGAGCAAUUGCAACAAGUUUUCAAUGGGACUCCUCUAUUGCGAAGAUCGACAAGCGCUGAAGAACUUGCAAAUAAAAAGAUUGAUAAACCGUCAUUCACUCCACUCCGUUCACCAAUAGAAGAAGACGAAGAAGUGACACCGACACCGAUGAGUCUCAGUAAUAAAGACGAUGAAACAAUAAUUGCUAAAAAAGAGAUGGAAAUUGACGAGAGUCGAGAACAAAUGAACAACAAGCAACCGUUUAUCACUGAGCUAAAGGCAGCUUUUAUUCAUCGCUAUAUAAAUGUGGAAAAGUUUGCUGAGAUUGAGUCUGAAAAUCUUGAUGCAAAACCAGGAACAUCAAAAGAAUCACAAAAAUCGGAAGACGAUAGCGGAUUCUUGGAGAAAUCGUCAGAGUUUGAGCCAAGGCUUACUCCAGUUCGAUUGGCACCAACUCCUCCAUUACGAGCCCCGAUUCCACAGCAUCGAGCUGUCAUAGCGCCAAGAUUAGGAUGGAAUGAUGAUAUUCCGAAACUUCGUAAUAAGCCAUUAGUUGAUGAAGAAAAGGCAAGAGAUCGUUUACUUCAUCGACGAUCUUUACCAAAUACAGAAUGGAAACCACCUGUGCCACCACGACGCACAGCAAGCCCAGCUCUUCAACAAAAAAAUAUCCCAGAGCCACCUCCAAGAAAAGUGAGUCUUCAUCGAGGUGGAUGGGUGUCUGACGAGUUGUUGAUAAUUUGGUGCAAGAAUUUGGUAGCUCAACAUCCAACUUGGUCUGCUGAUCUCCUUAAACAAGGCAUUUCACAUAUUAUUGAAGAGAAAAGUGAAGCGAAAAUGGAAAGUUUCAUGGCUCGUGUCUUGAGGAACGAAGCAGCAAUGCCUAGUCCAACUCUUGAUCAACGUCUCUUCGUUUUGAGAGCUUUUCCG